AUGAAUACAAGGGCUAACAUUGGGAGAGAAACCGUAAGGCAGGGACGAGUAUUUGCACUCGGUGAUAUGCAGAACACUGAAGCUGUGGUGUUAGGUAUAAUUCCCAUUUGUGCUAAGAAUGCAGGUUCUAUGAUGUGUGCUUAUGUUUAUCUGGCAUAUGAUGUGGUGAGUGGUGAUAUGACAUUGUAUGUUGAUUUGUUGCCACUAGAUAUUGAUCAUUUUAACUAUAUACUUGGUGUGGAUUGGUUGAUGAAGAUAAUUCCUUCAUCGUACUUGAUUUCAGCCAGAAAUUUGUUGAGAAAAGGGUGUCGGGGUUACUUGUGUUGCAUUUUAAAUGUGACUUCUGAUAGCCCUAAUGUGGAAACUAUUCCAGUAGUUAAUGAAUUUUCUGAUAUCUUUCCAAAUGAAUUGCUUGAGGAUCUAAUUGAUAGGGAAAUUGAGUUUACAAUCACUGUAGUACUUGGAACACAACCUAUUUCUAAAACCCCUUAUUGA